UCCGUACAUCAACCAGGAAGUGACUGUCAUAACAAUCCACAUGCAGCAGUCCGUCCAUUCAUCCAUUUUACACCUUUUUUGUCCACGGUCGCUUGGAGCUGGAGUCUAUAUCGGUCAAAAGGCGGACUAGGUCCCAGACUUGUCUCUAGUCAACGACAGGACACACAGAGACAUACUUUUCACUCAUAUUCACGCCGUCAAGGGAGUAGCGACGAACCCAUGCUUGCUGUAGUCACACUGCCAUUGUAAGAGUUCUUAUUUCAAGUUCUACAUCUCUUGCGAGUUCUAUAUCUCUUGAGUUCGUUAAACAUGAAGAAAGAACCCAAAGCUCAAGCUGCUGCAUCUGGGAAGGAACCAGAUGAGAGACAAAAAGGCAAAACUGAGGUUAAAAGCAGACUCUGUCACAGCGCUGUGCUCAUGAACAUUGGAAAAUGUUUGCUUCUAAUCAUCAUCAUCCCUCCAUUCCUUAACUAUGCAUCGCUGCAAAGAGAAGGACAGAUGCUGCUGCCAAAAGAUGGGCGUAUCUUCGAUGUUGGCUUAGGUCAAAGGAUGCAUCUCUUGUGCAAAGGGCAGGGAAAACCAGUUGUAAUACUGGACGCACCAACCGGAAUGUCCUCAGACAUUUGGUUUCAUGUCCAAGACAGCGUUGCCACAAUAACAAAGGUUUGUACCUAUGACCGAAUUGGACUUGGGUUUAGCAAGCGUCUGAUGCAGAAUGAGACUACUGGAACUGAGAAGGUUUGGGGUAUAUCCACAACUGGACGGAUGGUAGACGAUCUGCACCGUCUGUUGCUGGCUGCUGAAAUCGCCAUGCCCGUCAUACUGGUUGGCUCUGAGAUCGGCACACUCAAUAGCAGGUUCUACAGUCACAUACAUGAUGUGCAAGUGACAGACCUGGUGUUGAUUGAUCCUAUCCCAGAAGAAAUUUUUGAAGAGGAGCAAUGGAAGGAGUAUUGGUAUGGUAAGCUUCUGCCAUCCCUUCAAGCCAAGCAGUUUUCUGCUGCUUCCGGGCUGAGCCGCCUGCUGAUUAUCCUUGGCGCCAUUGAACCAACUAUCAAAGAAAAUGUCUCAGAGGAGAUCAUCCAGCGGCAGAAAUACCUGCUAAGUAACCCCGCCCAUCUGAGCAGUGCCGUGGACGAGCACUACUUUCUCAAUGAGAGUGCAGCACAAGUGAGGGACAUCACCAAAUACAAGCCCCUCUCCAGCAGGACGUCAGUCAGCGUGAUCACAGGGGAUUCCUUCGACCAGCAGAUCCCACAGCACUUAAAUCAAAUGGUAGCCACGCUUCAAAAGAAGUUUCUGGAGGAGUCCUACCCGUCAGCCAAUCACCUUCACAUUAAAGGAGUAGACCGUCGAAUGAUCUACACCGAGCCAUCUGCCAUCAUCCAGCACCUGAGGACGCUCGUCAACCAGCGACAAGACAAACAUGGCCAAGUAAAUAAAUGACACCUUGUUGGAAUGUUCUAGAAUUGUCGAAGUCAUCCUUUUGACUUUUUCCCUCCAGCAUAAUGUAGAGAUAAUCUACAAAAUGUUUUUUAAACUUUCUUGCUCUAUUGGGAGCUUUAAUUGAACACGACUGGAGGGUAUUCAGCUUGCUGUCUGAAAAAUCCUAUUUUUGAGGUUGUUAUUGCUGCCAAAAAUGUCUUCUUAUCAUUGGAAAGGCCAAAGUCUGUGUCCUAAUAUGAGAGCAUGUUAUGACCAAGAGGCAACGUACGUGGAAUUCAUGUUUUGUCAGACUGAGUCAGAUUCUAUAUUUAAUCAUUUGCACAUAUUUGAAGAAUGACACUCUUUUUGAUUCAUUAACCUCAUGUGUACACUUCUAAGGAGUGGAGUUGUUUACAUGAAGUCUUCAUUAUGCUUCAGCGUAGUCAAAGUCUUCAACUGCAAUUCUCUGCCAAAACGCUAGGGGCAGUGUUUUCCUGAGAGUGAGUGACCACUAGUGAUGAGUGAUGCCGAAAGUUUUGAUUUAUUACUACUUUUGUGGGAUUUUUUCCUAAUAUUAUUACUUGGUGAUUAUUUUUUACACCAAUAAACACAUGGCAAAUACUUCGAAAAAACGUUUUAAUAAGUAUUUGCUUCUUUUUCGCUGAAGCAAAGACAUUGCUGUUCACUUCCUCUAUUCACAUUAACACCUGCUAGUCGGUGCGAGUGUGGAGUCCAUGGCAUUUGUUUACAUUCAGGAGCGCUAGCUUGCUGUUAGCGGUUAGCUACUGUAUCCUCUUUUGGUGUGUAGUGAAGCAUGUUUAGCUAUUCCUUGUCCUGCAGGGAUGAUACUUGUAAGAAACUUACUUUAUUUGUCGCCAUGGAGGCAAUGAUUAGUGAUUUAGAAGUAGCUAACUAGGGUCAUCGUCAACGGCUAGCUAGCCAUAUUUUAAAGCACCCUUUACAGAGGGCGCUUCAGUGUUUAUAGCUCCAACUUUAUCGUUAGUUUUUAAGCCAAAAUGCGUCCGUUCUCCCUCUUCUGUCUCCACACUGUGUCUGCUUGUAAGUACUUCUUGAGUGUCCAUUGUCUAACGUGCGCCUUUGCUUGUUUACCAGCAAAGGUCCGUAAAAAAAAAAAAAAAAGUACCAGUAUUAUUCAGACAAGCUCGUGCGGUUUUUGAUUCAUUUGUACCGCAGAACUUUAUUAGUACCAGUGUACCGUACAGUCCC